ACCUCUUGAUAAUUUCAUUUGCACACACAUUUAUUUACAGAGUUGCUUUAUUUAUUAUUUUUAUUUUUAAAAAAUUUAAAAUAAUAAUUAUUGUUACUGGACAAAUUGAUAUAUUCUUUAAUUAAAACGAAUCAAUUGAUUAAAAAACGGUUUAAAUAAAUAUAAGAUUAUGACGGAGGUGCAUGAAAUUAAUGGAACCGACGAGGUUCAAGACAAAAAACAAAAGAAGGCAACAAAACAUGAUGGUGGUGCUGCAGAUUUGGAAAGAGUAACUGAUUAUGCGGAAGAGAAGGAAAUAUCAUCUGCGGACAUGUCAAGUGCAGUUGAACAGUUUGGUGAUAAAAGGAUAAAAGAAGAUCAAGAAAAAUUAGCCAAAGAACGUGAACUACAAAAAAUUCAUGUUAAGAAAGAAGAUAUAGAACUAAUUAUGAAUGAAAUGUUAAUAUCUAGGACACAAGCUGAAAAGGUUUUGCGAGAGCAACGUGGGGACGUAGUUGCUGCUUUGGAAGUUCUUACUAAUUAAAAAGUAUACUAGAUUUUUUUUAAAUUUAAUGCGAAAUUUAUAUCAUUAUAAAAUUUGCUUAAAACGCGAGAGUUCUAUCAACGUAUUUUGAAUCCUUUUAGUUAAUUGUAUAUUUUCAAAUAAAAUUACAAUACAUUUAUAAAAUAUAGGCCGACUGAAAUUAAAAAUAGAAUUUGAUAAAAAUGCAAUAAAUCAGAUUUUAAAUAAAACGAAUAUUUUGUUAUUUA